UUUUUUUUUGCCUUUUUGGAAAGGAUAGUGGGUCAAUUUCAUUACCAAACACAAAGGAACAAUACAAGGUCUAAAGAUAGAGAAGCAUAAACAAAAACAAAACAGGCCCAAAAGACCCAACAAACAGUAAAGGCCCAAGCUCUACAAUACGACAAAAGAAAACCAAAGCUUCCCUUGCAGCAUCCGCCGCCGAGCAUCCCUACCAGCACAAACCCUCGACAUCAACCAACCGACGCCUCACCGUUGCAACAUCCAACCAGGGAGCACCUGUCCGAACACAGCCACACGGACGAGAACCAAGAACCAUGUAAAGGAAGUCCGUGGGAUUCCACGAGCAACACUGCCAACAAAGGCAGACAGUGAGAAGGUGGUGGUGUUGAACACCCCGAGCCGGUGGGAACACCGGAACUCUACACACCAUCUCGAAGUACAACAACAAAUCGCGGUUUUGAAGCGGCUGCAGAUCAGAGCAGAGAUGAGCAAGGAGAAAUGCCGAUGGGGGUAUGAAGAAAUGGGGCAGAUCGGAAAGGAGAGCAGGGGAAAAACAGCAAAAAGAAAGCACAACCACCGACCCCAGCCACAGCUAGGGUCGGCGGCAUCGGGUUUGAUCGGAAGUGGAACCCUCACACAAGCGGUGGUGAGAAAGGUCUCUCAAGCAGAGAGAAUUAGUUUGGACCUAACCCAAGAUUCUUGUUAAAGUGGAAAAUCUUAAGAGUGAAUUAAUUAAAGGGGAAAGAGUUCAAGGUUGAAGAAUAUUACAAGCAACAAGAAAGGCUUCUUGAAGGGUUCAGUGAGAUGGAGACCAUGACUGAAGAGGGUUGGUUGCCCGCAAGUCUUACAGAGGAUCAAAUGAAGCAGCUAGCGAAGAGGGAGCGGAUGGCAGUUCAUGCAUCAAACGUAGCUAAUUUGCUUCUUUUUGCCGCAAAAGUUUAUGCUUCAAUUAUGAGCAGAUCAUUGGCAGUUAUUGCCUCUACCUUGGAUUCCCUCUUGGAUCUCUUAUCUGGCUUUAUUUUGUGGUUCACUGCUAAUGCCAUGAAAAAUUCCAACCAGUUUCGCUAUCCGAUUGGGAAGAAACGUAUGCAACCAGUGGGUAUCAUUGUCUUUGCAUCUGUUAUGGCUACUCUUGGACUGCAAAUAUUGAUUGAGUGUGGUCGGGAACUCAUCUCACAGUCACCGCCUGCAAAAAUGAAUCGUACGCAGGAGAAUUGGAUGAUCGGCAUCAUGGUCUCAGUCACGGUAGUGAAGUUUGUGCUCAUGGUCUACUGUCGUAGAUUUAAGAAUGAAAUUGUACGGGCCUAUGCACAAGACCAUUUUUUCGAUGUCAUUACUAAUUCAGUUGGUUUAGCAGCAGCAGUCCUAGCUGUCCGGUUCUUCUGGUGGAUUGAUCCUACUGGUGCUAUUAUAAUAGCACUAUAUACCAUUAAUACGUGGACAAAGACAGUCUUGGAGAAUGUACAUGCGCUAAUUGGAAGAACAGCACCACCUGACUUUUUGGCAAAGUUGACAUACUUGAUAUGGAACCACCACGAAGAGAUCGAGCACAUUGAUACAGUGAGGGCGUACACAUUUGGUUCCCAUUACUUUGUGGAGGUUGACAUUGUCUUGCCAGAAGACAUGCUACUGAACAAAGCGCACAACAUUGGCGAGACUCUCCAAGAGAAGCUUGAGCAACUCCCUGAAGUGGAACGGGCUUUUGUGCAUAUAGAUUUUGAGUUCACUCACAGGCCGGAACACAAGAACAGUGUAUGAUAACGAUGACAGCGGUAGUGAAGAUGGUAGUAACUUGUAGAGCUAUGUGCAGGCCGAAGUUUUUUAAAUAAGCGCCGGGUUGUGCAUUCAUUUUGUUAUUGCUAUUUGCUUGUACAACCAAUGUUUGUAGAACCUUUCCUCUGUGGCUUUUAUUUUUGUCAAUAGUGAGUAUUUGCUCA